GGUAGAGUGGUCGCUGCGGUGCCGGUGGCUGUGCUCGAGUUCGAGUCAUUAGUCAGUCGGAAGCCCGGCACUGAGACGCGUGACUCGCUGCGCGGCCCGCUACAUGCGUCAACUGUGCGACACGAAACCACGGCCGCCCGCCCAGCGCGCGCCGCACGCGCAUUUAAAAAUAAAAUUUUAAAACAAAACAUUUACACGCUUUGUUUAAAAAAGGACUAAUGUGAUUUCUUUAGCGAAAACAAACUUGAACUUGAAAAUUUAACUGUAAAGUGAAUAUUGACGUUAAAGUGAUUUUCUUCGAGAAUGCGUAAACACAAUUCCAGAUUUCAGAAAAAGCGGAUCUAAAGACUGGAGCAGAGGAAGCUUCAGAGCUGAAAUAUUUUAAAAAGUGGCUUCAUAACGUGAUGGCAGUCGGUCGCCGGCUACCUGAAAGUUCGCGCAGCAGUGCUGGAAUGGAAAUUGCCGGAAGGAAAAAUGACUACGGGACGCACAGAUACAACGUGGCUGGGAGCGCAGAUGGUGCGAGCCUCGAUGGAGGCUGCGACGAGGACGUCACCCAGCUGACCACUCCAGACCUUCAUUCAGAAACUUUCGACAUGAACGAUCUGUCCUCAAACGCUUAUGCAGUGGAUGCGCGAAGAAUGCAGUUAUACUCACAUGUCCAUCCUACGGAGCUGUCAAUUCACGCGGUGUCUACGCAUGAGUUGCUGAAGCCAAAGGAUGAACCUUCGUAUUCUUUGGCAGCGUCGUCGAACCUCUGUGCGGUCAACUUGCCUCAUGCAGGUUCGUCGCCUUACGAUAGUCGGUUAUGCCUUCAUGAGAACAGCGGCGCAGACGACACCCCCAACUCGCAAAGCGCUAAAGGCAACGAAGAACUAUCCAGAGUCUAUCAAACUCUGACUCUGCCUGCCUUGUCCAGGGAGGAUACAAGUUCCAACAGCAAUGAUACAAAAAGUAAAACGAAGAAUACGACUCCUAGCAGUCCCGGGAAUUCUUCAGAAAUGAAACCACAAUCUACUACGCCAACUUCACAGGGUCUAACCAAACCGCCAUACUCCUACGUCGCUCUCAUAACCAUGGCUAUUCAAAACAGUCAAACCAAAAGAGCGACACUCAGUGAAAUCUACGCUUACAUCACUAAGGAAUUUCCUUUCUAUGAGAAAAACAAAAAGGGCUGGCAAAAUUCCAUAAGGCACAAUUUAAGUCUCAACGAAUGUUUUAUAAAAGUACCUAGAGAAGGCGGAGGGGAUAGAAAAGGAAACUAUUGGACUCUCGAUCCACAAUGCGGGGACAUGUUUGAAAACGGGAACUUCCGGCGGCGGCGCAGGAUGAAAAGGCCUUUUCGUACCACGCCGUACUCGAAAACUCUGUUUGGCGACGGGUACCACGUGGCGCACGUCGCUCAGCACGUCCCACCACAUAUGCAGCCUCUUCCACUUGGGGCUCGGAACUAUUUUGGAUCUGGGUCAGCGUAUCCACCGUCAUAUCCUAGAUACGACACGACAUGGCUGACUCAGUCAACCGGUGGUCUUGGCUACGCGAGUGCCUGUGGGAGUAUGGGUCGAAGUCCACCAGGAUGUUCACCACACAGCGCUUUACCCCAUCAGUCUGCGUCGAUCAAUCCGUUUACACAUCAGUUGCAAGGGCAGCUGCAGAGCCCCUUGCAGCCAAUGCAGCCCAUGUCCAUGAAUAGUUAUAACCCCAUUGGGGUCACUGCUUUGGACGGAUCCCCUAGUCCGGGACCAGGGUAUGCGCCGUCUUCUGGCGGGUUCUCUCCUAGUCGUCACCAUGACAUCGUAACGUCGUCUGACACCGCGGUCUCUAGAUUCCCUAUCUGGUCCGAAGAAUUUUUGCAGGUGGAUCGCCAAGUCCUAGUUCAGGAUAUGUGCCAUCUAGCAGCUUCUCUCCGACGCGGAGGCAUGAGGCUGAUACAUCUUCCGAUGCUGCCGGCACACGCUUCUCUUUUUGGCCCGAAGUUGGCGUGAAAGAGGAAGCUUCGCCUAGCGUUGUAUCUAAUGGAGCACCGUACUCUAAAUGGUUUACGUAGUCACCAAAGCUGGAGGGAAAUACAAGACUAAGAAUAUUAAGUUUUAUGCACUUCGUGUGGUAUAAUACGAUUUACAAUGGAAUUAGAAUUGAUUGUAAUGUAAAAAUUGAUAUAGUGUUCAAUGUAUGUAUAAUGUAAGUAGGCGUGUAUAUUAAUUGGUAGGAUGUUAUUAAAAAGCCUAUUGCAAUUCAGUAACACAUAAACAAAGUGAGGCGCAUAUAAUUUGUGGUUAUAUUUUUAUGGCCGGGUAAUAUAUAGUCAACAGCAACUCAAGUGUAACUUAGAGAAUUAUCUCACGCGCAAAACAUUGAAAUAUACCUCUUAGAAAAAAAGGAACAACUCUAAUGCGAGAAAAAAAGGAUGAAACUGUUUAUAAUGUAUUUAAUUCAAAAUACGUUUCUUUGUAUCUUUUUGCUAUUAGAUGAUAAGCAUAUUUUUACUAGAUGGAUUAUUAAAGGCAAUGGCGGAAUAAGAGUGUAUUUUGACGGCCUGCUUUCCAAUAGCACCACAACUGUAGGAUAGCUGUUGAAAUGCAGCUGGUACGCUACAACGCCUCUGAUUCACUGCUAGUUGGCGUUGGUGAUGGAGUUGCUUUGUUUUUUGCCAGCAUAACACAACUAAUUCGGUUAAUUCGAUACAGCUCGUGUAACUAGCCUCAAAAGGAGAAGCAAGGCUCCAUUUACCGCGGACUGGAAGGGAAUGAAACGGAAUUUUUUGAACUAAAUUGUACAUAGCAUAAUGAACUUUGUACGUUAUGUAAAUUGUACAAUGUAACAACUAGAUACGAUACAAUAACUACGGAAAUUCCCGAAGCUGCGCGAGAAUUCUCUCGAAAACGCGCGACCGGUGUUUUGGUUCGUAUCUAGUUUGUAUGUUAUACAAGUUCAUUAAGCUAUGGUUAUAAAAAUUGCCUUCCAAAUUUAAGUAAAAGGCGCCUAAUGAAUGUUUAGAAACAUUAUUUACAUUGAUUAUUAUUCACAAGAUCGAUUCUUUUCAGUCUCCAAUAGCUGCGUUGUUUUGUUUCAUAUGAAAUCUUUUGUCAUAAUUUUAAGGUCCAUUAAUUUGAUAGCAUUCUUAUGUUAUCUUCCCAUAGUCUUCUCGCAAUGUCUUCAAGUGAUUUUAACGUGAGUGUGUUACUCUUGUUUUGCUAUAGACUAUGUAUUGGUCAUUCUGCCGGAUGUAGGAUCCCACCGCUUAGAAAAAAAUACAGCCUGGUGUCUUUGUUAAGAUAAAAGCUAACGUCAGUUAUAAUGAAGCAGGAGUCUUAGGCAGUGAUGUUUGUCAAUGUUUAUCUCUGUGAACUUGGAAUUAGAAUGUAUUGGCUUUUCUUAAGUGCUGUCAAUAGUUGGAACCUAACCUUCGGUUGUGAAAUUGGGCCCAUGUUUUCGAGUGCAACGUUUUUCUGAUUUAACUUCGUAUGAGGGGUAUAUACCAGUAGUUCUUUCACCAUGUGACUACGUAUUUUGGUAACAGUUGUAUAUACAAUGUUAAUCUAAUUACACUGCAUGCAAAGGGUUGGGUCCAGCUACAAACAUGAAUAACUUUCACCUUGUUGGUACAAAUCAGCUGUUAAAUGUCCAGAACUACUGGGACAAAUCCAGCAUGAAUAUUUGCGUAGUCGUCUUUCAAAUAUUACAUGAUCAGAUAAUUAAAAUACACUUACUGACAAUAACUUCGAAUCGCAUGUGAAAUAUGGCACGACCAUAAAAUAAUACAUGUUGUAGAAAACUUAACAAGGCAUCGCAGGAUUGAAAACACUUGGAUUUGUCACGUUUUAAGCUCCGAAUACAAGAAACAACUCUGGUAAUAACGAAACCAGGUUUCUGAAAUUGAUAUAGAUAGGUAUGUUGUAAACAAUACAUUAUCAAAAAUUUCUUUCUUUAAGCUCAAACUCGAAGUUUACAGUUUAAAAAUGACAGGUGUCCCGAAUUCAUUGCCAGUGAGUGUACAGUGUGCCAAUAAGAGUCCUGGGAAACUAACAUGGGAAUAUUUUUAUUUAAAUAACAAGAUAAAUGGUGGAAAGUUUUCGUGAAUUGUAUGUAUUUGUGGUUAUAUAAUUUACGUAUAUAAGCUAAGUGGCACUCAGUGCUUUCUAUGUCUUGUUUUUAAGUUUUAUUAAUCUUAUUAACUAAAUUCAGUGCCGAUCAACUGAACCUAUAUAUUUUUUUUAUUUGAUGUCUUGCGCAAUAUUCGCUUGAUUAUUUACCCUUUGUUUCUUUGUUGAUAUAUUUAUCGAAGUGUUUUCCAUUUCAAUUGUUACAUAAGUAUUUUACCAUACAAAUCUAUGCAAUAUCUGUGCCCAUAUCUGAGCUAUGCGUUUGUUUUCGAGCAUUUAUUUCACUCGGUGACAAUGAUGAUGUUUGUUGAUUUCUAAAGAAGUGUGUUAUAUUAAUAUUUUAACAAAUUAUCUAUAAUUCCAUGCGAUUUCAAACAGGGUAAUGCAUUAACACGUCGUAUUUUAUGUGACAGUGAGUGGUAACAUUUGUAGAUUGUGGGCGGUUUGGAUUGGUUUUGGUUCUAAUACGAAUUUUUCAAAGGAUAUUGUUUACAAUAUUAUUGCAUAACGAAAUUUAUUUACUCGGUCAUAAUAUUUCAAAUAUUUAUUGAAGGCCUAGCGGUAAAUAAAGCUUUAAUUCAAAUUGUUUCUAUGUCUUAGCAACCACAUGACAUGAAGAUGAAAAUUAUACACACAAUAUUAUUAGUAUAGUGACCGGAAAUAGGAGCUUCUUUUUGUCGCUUAAAAUAGUGUGAGUGUCGUAAAACGACUGAAUAAAGGGAGAUUUUCAGAUAUUUGUUCAAUUCCAUAAAUCGAAACAAUAAAAUGUCAAUAACACUAAUCAAGAACCACCGACUUCCUGAUGGGUUAGAUUCGUUUGUGAAAAUUGCAAAUUGAGAGUUAAUACCUAAUUUACGAUUUAUUUAUGGGUCGACAGAGUUACUUUUUCCGUGUCAAGUGUGAAACAAUACUUUCACAUAAUAUUCUCACAUAUUUUAUUAUUAUUAUUAUUAUCAUUACUUUGUUAUAAUUGCAAUUAUCAAACACGGCACAGUAAAUUUUUCGAAAUUUAAUGUGCGGAAUUUAGAAUGAAAUUUCGUUCAGCUUAGUUUACUGCGUUCGUUCUCCGUGGUUUACACUGGUAUGGUGGCAACGGAAAUGUUUUGCAAUGUACAGUCAGUAGCACAUCAAAUGUGACACUUUGAAUUUGCACCGAAGCGGCUUAGAGUUGGAAGUUAAAUCUUAAUCUUCUGUCAAACUUGAUGUGCUCCUAAUACUAUAUCAAUUAAGAUUUUUGUUCGUAUUAAUGUUGAAGGGUUACGACGAAAAAUCUAAGUUGAUAACUGAUUCUUGCCUUCCGGUUAAAGGUUGAGACUUAUAAACCAAACUUAAACUAACAACGAGAAUCGACUUCAUCUAGCAAGCGUGAAGGUUGUCUUUUUUUAAUAGUGCAAGUGAAAUUUGUAAAAGUCGGACAAAGUUUGAAGUUUUAAAAACAAAUUGGCGACUCAGACUUUAAAAAGUUUACUUGAUAGUUUUGUUUACUUGAUAUACACUUGCCUAAGCGACUUUAGAACUGUAGGUUUUAAAAAAAGUCGAAGUUUGUUUUAUAAAUCUCAGAAUAAGAUAUUUUAUGAUUUUGGUAAUAGCUUUCUGAUAUGCCUUGCAUAACGUGGUGCGGGAUUAUGGCUUUAAUGUUUUUUCUUAUGUGCACCCAAUAACCAGUGGAAUUUGGGCAUUUUGUGUAAAAUGUAAUUAUGGAAAUAACAUUCGCAGCUUAUUUAAAUAUUCUUCCGUCUUGCCGGUUCGGUUUUACAUCUACGACCUUAAGCGACCUUACAAUGUCUGCGGCUGUAAGAAUGCCCUUAUUUGUUGUAUCGUUCACGGCUCUAGAAAACUUGAGUUUUACACACUGAUGUAUCAAAUAUUACUUGCAUGUACAAACAAUCUUCAACUAUUAUAAGGGAUUAAUUAAACUAUUAC